GGUACGGCUCGGCGCAGCCCGGCACGGCUCGGCGCAGCCCGGCACCGCCCGCCGAGCCCCCCGCCCGCUUCCCGCCCACCCCCGCGCCGCCAUGGACGGGGGAGCCUUCGGAGCGGGGAAAGCCGGCGGCGCCUUCGACCCGCAGGCCUUCAUCCGGCAGCCGCAGACCAUCCUGCGCCUCGUCUCCUGGGUGUUCUCCAUUGUGGUGUUUGGCUCCAUUGUGAAUGAAGGGUACGUGAACCGCUCAGAAGAGCCCCAGGAGCACUGCAUCUUCAACCGCAAUCGCAACGCCUGCAACUACGGCAUCACGGUGGGGGUGCUCGCCUUCCUCAGCUGCCUUCUGUACCUGGCUCUGGAUGCCUACUUCCCGCAGAUCAGCAGCGUCAAGGACCGCAAGAAGGCAGUGCUCUCGGACAUCGGAGUCUCGGCCUUUUGGGCAUUCCUGUGGUUUGUUGGCUUCUGCUUUCUGACCAACCAGUGGCAAGCUUCAAAAGAAGAGGACUACCCCAUGAAUGAGGGAGGGGACGCAGCCCGAGCAGCCAUCACAUUCUCGUUCUUCUCCAUCUUCACUUGGGUGGGCCAGGCAUUCCUGGCGUAUCAGCGUUUCAAGCUGGGUGCCGAUUCAGCCCUCUUCUCCCAGGACUACAUGGACCCAAGCCAGGACUCCGGCAUGCCUUAUGCUCCCUACACGAACGAGGAGGAUGCUACAGAUGCGGUGGGGACAUACCAGCAGCCCCCUCCAGCAGAUGCUUUUGACACCGAGACACAGGGGUACCAAACACAGAACUACUGAGCCACUGAUAGCCCUUUCCUUUCCCCCUUCCCUUCUGCCCCCUUUCCCACUGCCGGCAGGAAGCCAAGGCACAAAGCAGAGAUGUGCGUAGUGACAAGAGGUGGCUCUCAGCUAUGCUCCAGCCUUCUGGGUCAUCUGUUUUUAUUUAUUGUUUUUAAAACAGGAAAGAAAAAAAAAGAAAAAAGGUUUCUCCAUCACCUCCUCCUUCUCCUCCCCAGAACUGCCUGCCAGAACCAAAUUCUUCCAGUAUCUGUCACUGCUUUGUGACAGCAAGGUCCCCACUUCUCCCUUCUGCCUUGCUGUGGAGGGCAGAAUCUGGGCAGUGGGCAGGAGAGGGACUAUGGCAUCAGCAGGGCAGGAGAGAGGGUGUUGGAGGCAGAAGGGAAGGAGUGAGAGGGACCAGGGACCUUCUUAGAAGAGACGGUGUCGCUAAAGGCUGGAGUAGAUGUGGGAGCAUCCAAAUUAAGCUGGAGAGUCUGGUGGCUCAGGGAGGGGGAUGAUGUUGGAGUCAUCAUGCAGGAGUGUGGGGAUAGAGCAGGGGCUAUAAGAGAGUGAGAGUGGUGUCCCCCAUGGAACAAUAUGGGGGCUUUUCCCUGCUACAUGCUAGAGAAGGAAGGGUGCUUUAUUUUUAUAGGGUCUGGGGAGAAGUGGUAUGGGGGCAGGUGCACAAAGAGAUAAAAUGGGAAGGGAAGGAGGAAGAUUUACAGGUACAGUCAAAAAUCACAGGCACAUCUGUGUAUUACAGCAGGAGACUCAGGAGAGCAGAGGGACAGUGCGGUGAGAGUCACUCCUUCCUCAGUGCCCUCGGGUUGAGACGGAGGUGGUUCCUCUCACUUGUACGUCCUGCUCACCACUCUUCUCAGACUAGUGUUUGGUGAGGCAGGAAAAGAGCCAUGGCCAGUCCCUGUCCCCAGGCACUCCUGGAGGGCCCUGACAGCCCUCAUCCCCAGCUGGGCUGGGCCAAGGGGGAGAAGAGAGCUUUGCCAUUUCACCCUGGGCAGGAGGAGAAGAAAGCCAGUUUUGCUCCUCAGGUCCUGCCGAACCCUCCUCUGUUCCUCUGCUACCACAGUGUACAGUCUCUUGCUGACACCAUCUUUGUGGCACACAGGAAUGGAGCAGGACUCCUCCAGGAAAGAAAUCCUGCUGGAAUGGCCAGCAUUCAUCUGGCUCUUGCACAGGGGUGCAACCAAGCAGGGAAGGAUCCUGCCCUGUGUGGCUGUGCUUCACCUCCUGCUCAGACGAGGAGGAGGCCUUUGUGUGUAGAGAACUGGCUGAGGCCAGACUGAGCUCUCUGAGAACUGGUCUUAGUGUACUUGCCAUAGAUAAUACUAUAGUGCAUCUUCUGCAGCGCUUCAGACCCUGUCUGUCUUUAAAGCUUCACCUAGGUGGCAGUAGUGACUCUUAGAUGGAGCUCAUACAGGCAUCAUUUACAUGUCUCAUGAGUUUGCUUUCCACAACUCUGGAAACACACUCUUGAUUCCAGGAUAGAAGCAAUGUCUAUGUGUGAAGACAGUCCCUAAAGGGAAAUAAUUCAGCAAUAGCCACCUGGACAAUUCUCUCCAGCACAGGUAUCUGUGAGAGCACAAGAAGUGGGGUAUGCCUCGUAGCAGUGAGGACCUUCAGCCCUCCAGCAGGCAGCCACCCUGCUCCACACCACACUGGCCCCAGGAGCAGAAAUCAGGAGCAGAUCCUAAAUCCAUAGGUGCUUCACCUGAGCAUCCAGGACUCUUAGGAGUCAGAAAGAUGGGGGUCUGGCCUGUGGUUGUUUAGACAUCUGACUGGGAGGACACCAAGGUUACAGUCCUCCUAGCGUGAUCCCUCUCCAGCUGCCUCACAGUGAUGGAGAAGGGGUAGAAACUAUAGAGCUGCAGCCCACAAGGGAAGUGGGGCAGUUGUUCUCUGCUGUAUAUAGGCACCAUUUCUGCCUGCUUCUACCAGCAGACUUGUGCUGUCAGUGGCUGUACCAUGGAUUGUCCUCCUCAUGGCUUGCCCCACCUUGCUGGUGGCUAACCUCUGGCACACAUCCCUUGCUCUGUGGCUGUGAAUGAAAGCAAUACUGUAAAUAGGAGAGGUAUUUUUUGGAGGGAAGCCCCUCAGGCUUCUUUUUCUGUGGGUUCAGCCUAAUAUUUAGGCUUGGGAGGGGAUUACUUUAUUGAGAAAGGUAGGUUAUGACUGUGGCUGUGGGGGGAGCUCUCCUGCUGGGGAAGAGGCAAGAAUGAAUGACAAGGCAGAGGAGGAGAAAUACUAGUACUCACCCAGACUCAUCUGUGUCAUCCUUCAUGCUUUCAUUUUGGGUGUAUGGGGGGGGACCAAGAGGAGGAGGAAGCUAUAAAUAACCAGCCCUCAGCACAAAAAUACGUUGUAUUUUAUGGGAGAAACUGCACAUGACCUGUUCCCUCUCCUUGAUGCAGGGAUGAGAGACCAUCAUAUGUGGGUGGUCUGCCUGGGACUAUGUUUUGGAGUGCAGUACAGGAGCAUCUCACGUGCCUCUUCUCCCACCUGACUUACAUGGAUAGCUAAACACCAUUUGGGGCUGACUAAUGAGCAAGCUUUUCUUUAUCCCCUUUGGCUUGCUUCUCUCAUGUAACCAGUGGAUGGGCUCCAGCAGGCUUCAUGUAGGAAUGAGCUUUUCUCUCAGAGCUGCACUGAGGUGUGGCAGGGGAUACUACAAGGGUAGAUACUUGGGCAGCUUCUUGUUCAUGGCAAGAGACAUAUGUUCUUGGGCUGGCAUGCUUUCAGGCUUUCAAGUGGAGGGCUGUUGGUGACAAACCUGGGGCUGGGACUCCACUUGCUUGCAUGUAGCUCUUUAAAAUGCAAUUUCCGGUGUCAUGUUGCUGGUGCCACAGCUGAUGAGUGAUAAGAACCUAUUCAAAGGGUUGGUUGUCUUAUCUUAGGCAAUUCUGAUAAGGUGCUGCCUAUUUCUGGUGGUCAGACCUGAGCAGCUGGCUGGAACCUGUCCCUUUUAGAUCCUAAACACGAGUGAGAUCAGCCUCUCUAGGGAUUAGGAGAUCAGAGGGAAGGCUGUAUAAGCAAAACGAUAAGGCAGCUUUCUUCCACCUCUGCCAUUUGUCCGGAUUACAGAGGAUUACACAUCCCCUGUUGGGAGUAGUGGCCCCUUGGUGUGUUCUUAUCUUAUGAAGCCCCCAAGUAAGGGACUGUUUGUGAAGCAGGGGCUGUAAAGGGCAAAGGGAUGAUGAACCCUUGCCCCAGUUCUACCUGUGGCUUCAGUCUCCCGACUUGUCCCCAUCCCACUGUUCAUCACUUCAUCACACACCCUUUCCCUCCACAUUAUUCCUGGCAGUUCCCUCAGGGGAGGAGGCAUCUUUGUCCCUGCACCCUUGCAAGCACUUGGGAGGACCUGGGAAGGCACCGUUGUGGGGUGGUUUUCACAGGAGUCUCAGCUUCGGGCCCCAGAGCAGGUACAAGGCGAGGAGCCCAGCGAGGCCGCCUCACGCAGCGAGUCCAAAACCAUCCAUUCAGACAACUCCCUGCUGCCUGUGUGGCAUCUGGAACACCACCUGGGCUGCCCUGCCCCUUCCCCCGUGCCGCAUUACUGCCUGUGUAUAGUAUAUAUAUUAUAUAUAUAUAUUUAAAAGGAUGUAUAAUAUAAAGCUAUACAUAUAUCCCUAUAUCCGAUGACUCACGGACGGCCUGCCGCAUACAGGAUCCCCUGAGUGGUCUUGUCUAAGCUCGAGUGUCCCUUCACCCCUCUUCCCCUUCCA